AUGGACAACAUCGACGAGGAAUAUGACCGGCUCGUUGAACACCUUCGCGACUGCGCGAAGAAGGCUGAGAGUUCUAAAACCACCAAGAGACGCCUGUCUCUUGAAACUCUUGAGCUGAUACGCCAGCGUGGAGCAGCACGAGCCGCAGGGAACCAAGAACUCACGUCCGUGCUCGCAAGGCUUUGCAGAGAGGCGAUAAAGGAAGACCUUAAAGAGAGAAGAGCAGAAGUACUGGCUGAAGCUGCAGAGGCGGGGAAAAGCAUCCGCUAUGCCCGUCGAGACUUCACCAGUCGCAAGACGAGGAUGACUGCUCUCCGGAACCCGAAGGGAACAGCCAUUGCGUCGAGAAGGGGGAUGGAGAAAAUCUACUUUUACUCCGAUCUCUUCGACAGCCAUGUCCACCUGUCUCCUCACCAUCUGAGGGAAGAUGGACAUGUCAUUCCAGAGGUUCUCCUGUCCAAAAUACGACAUGCUAUCAUGUCGAUAAGAAAUCGUACGGCACUCGGUCCCGACAGAAUAAGACCAGAACAACUGAAUAACCUUCCACCAGUACUCAUCAACACCCUGGCGAGGCUCUUUACACGUUACCUGUCGGAAUGCAAGAUUCCUAAACAGUUGAAGACCAGCAAGACUGUGUUGCUGUAUAAAAAGGGAGAUCCACAUGACAUCGGCAACUAUCGCCCAAUCUGCUUACUGUCCGUCAUCUACAAGCUCUUUACAAGAGUGAUCCUUAACAGGAUUGAAAAAGUCUUGGAUGAAGGACAGCCAUGCGAGCAAGCAGGGUUUCGAAAAGGAUUCAGCACGAUUGACCACAUUCACACUGUUUCGAAACUCAUCGAGGUAUCACGAGAGUACAAGAUGCCGCUCUGUCUCACCUUCAUCGACUUUAAGAAGGCCUUCGACUCAGUUGAGACUGAAGCGGUCGUGGAAGCUUUGGACAACCAAGGCGUCCCUACUCAGUACAUAAAGGUACUUCGAGAGUUGCACAGUAACUUCACGACCGGAAUUUCGCCAUUCUACAAGAACAUCAUCAUUGACGUGAAGAGGGGGGUCCGAUAG